AUGGGGACUAGAGAUUUGGAUGAAGACCACAUCCUGGCCGCUGUUUUGGAGAGUGAUGAGAAGCCGCCCCGUAUUGACACCGACAGUGAAGUUGAUGACUACGAGAGCGAGGAUGACAUCCAGAGCAAUGAGGAAGAUGCCAAGCGUUUAGAUAUGUUUAAAAUGGUAUUUCCUAUUGGAGGACAUUCUUACCUAGAAUGUGACAAAAACAUGGCACUUAUAAACCAGAAGGCUCCAUAUGAAACACCAGAAGACUGGAGAAAAGUAGUAUCUGAGUCAAGGCUAAAACCUUCACCAUUUCGAGUUAUAGACGUUGAUCAGCCUUUAGUUAGAUCUUGGACCAAGUUUUUGUCACCAAAAUAUAAAAAGACAUGCCCAUUUCUUUCUACACCUAUCAGUGAGAUCAGAGUUGAUAUUUCACAUCCCCGUCUCAUUUUCUACAGAGAUUCAUAUAAUGGGCAGUGGACUUCAUCUGUUAUGCUGGAUGCAAAGAGAAAAAGGGCAAACUCAACUCCCUGUGCAGAUGCUUCUCAUUCAACAGAAUUUAUUUUGCCUGACCAAGCUUACAAGGACAUUCUACCAAUCAGUAAAGCAAAAUUCCUAGAUGUACAGUCAUUAUCAAAAUAUUGCAGACCUGUAGGAAAAAAAUAUUAUUCAGAACUUAAAUACUAUUCCACUACCUAA